AAAGCAGUUUUCAUACAAACCUGAAACCCUUCGUUGUUUCCCCCCCUCACCAGUCACCUCCACACUCUUUCUCUACGCAAUUGGUCUGAUCGACGAGCUGUAUAAAUCACCAGCAACGUAUCCAGUGUUGAUCGAUUCUCUUAUCCUCGUUUUGAAGACAGUAAAUUUAUAGGGACAGGCGAAAUCUCUCUGCUGAUGUUCUAAGACUAAAUUUCUGUCUCCUCACCAAAUCCCUAAAAAUUUCCGUCAAAUACCACGUUUUUCCAACCAAGUUUUCACCUGGGCAUCUAUCCAAUUUGCAAGUUGUUGAUGAAUUUUGGUGGGUAUUGAUGGUGACUGCGGGUUCGAAUAAUCAAGAUGAAGUUAUUGGGGAUAAACAUCCAUCAUCAGCUGUUUCGAGAGGAGGAGGUGGGGCGACUCGGUCCUGGGGCACCACCGCUUCGGGUCAAUCCGUUUCAACAAGUGGCAGUGUCGGGUCUCCUUCGACCCGGAGCGAGGCCACCAUGGCGGUGACACCCGCUAGCGAGAACACAUUUUUGAGGUUGAAUCACCUUGAUAUUCAGACAGAUAAUGCUGGAUCUCAAGCAGCUGCUGGUAACAAAAAGAAGAAGCGAGCACAACGUGCAACUGGAGGGGACAAAGGGGGUAGAGGACUUCGCCAAUUCAGCAUGAAAGUGUGUGAAAAAGUUGAAAGCAAGGGAAGAACUACUUAUAAUGAAGUUGCAGAUGAACUUGUAGCUGAAUUUGCUGACCCUGGUGAUGGUGGUCAAACCCCUGAUCAGCAACAGUAUGAUGAAAAGAACAUUCGUAGAAGGGUAUAUGAUGCUUUGAAUGUUCUCAUGGCUAUGGAUAUUAUAUCUAAAGAUAAAAAAGAAAUACAAUGGAAAGGUCUUCCUCGAUCCACCUUGAAUGAUAUUGAAGAGAUAAAGGGUGAACGUCUUGCUAUAAGGAAUAGAAUCGAGAAGAAAACUGCUUAUUUGAAAGAACUACAAGAUCAAUAUGUAGGUCUUCAAAAUCUGAUACAAAGGAAUGAAGAGUUAUACACGUCUGGAAAUGCGCCAAGUGGCGGAGUGGCUUUACCUUUUAUACUCGUACAGACUCGACCUCAUGCAACUGUAGAAGUUGAAAUUUCAGAAGAUAUGCAACUUGUUCAUUUUGACUUCAACAGUACCCCAUUUGAGCUACAUGAUGACAAUUAUGUUCUCAAAGCAAUGAAGCUUUCUGACCAAUCAAAACACGAUGACGUGGCAAACAAUGUGUGUGUUGAUGUGGAUGGAGGUGAAGGUUCGAGCAUAUCUUCCAUGUUUCGUCCCUCGUUGGGACCCACAAUGCCACCUGGCAGGGGGUCAAAGUUGCCUUCGGUGCCUGGUAUUCUCAAGGGACGUGUGAAGCAUGAGUUUUAGGUGUUUGUAGAAGAAUGUUAAGGUUAUUGGUUUUUAAGUUAUUUGAUGAGUAAUGGCAAAUUUGGUGCUUCAUAUAGGUGAUUUAUACUUGGUUGUAUGGUAAAUCUUGGGAAUGUGGAUGGUUUUUUUUGUUGUUUUAGAUGUUAAAACAACUUUCUCUUACGUAAACAUGCAAAAGUUUAUUGGUAUAAUUUUUGGAUAA